UCUAAAUCUGCACUGCAAUACCCAUUGGUGGAUUUUUUGUUUUUGGCUAAUAUUCUUUAUUAAUUAUUUAUUUAUAGUACUACAUAAACUUCCACUCUAAGCAUUCCCUCUUGGGUUCUACGAGAGGUCAUCAAUUGCCUCAUAACUGAAACCUCGUCAUCAAUUAAGUCUCUGUUAUCACGCAGCGUUGAACCAUAAAUUUGCAGUUUGAGGGAACAAGAAGACGACGACGACCACCACGAACAACACGACGACGAUUUCAGAGGACAGUGGUUUGCACGGGACAAGUCCGUGCAUCAUCUUCAAAAGCAGCGAUAUUUACAACUGUGAUUGUCGUAGGUGCGUAAGGAUCUUCGUGUGGGUGGGUGGUUAAAAUAGAAAAGAAAGGAGAAAAAAGUGAGUUCACGGUUUGUGAGUGAAUAAUAAAGAAACAAACAAGAAAAGGAGAAAAAGAAAAAGAAAAAAGGCAAAAAAAAUGCCUCAUAGAGCAACUUACAUUUUCCCUAGGCAAUUUCCAGAGAGAGGGUUGGAUGAAUCUGCGAGGCAGAGAUUGGAUCACGAGAAGAAGAGACUCGUCAACUCUGUCAAAUCACCUGAUAAUGAUAAUAAUUUUGGCACUGAAAACGACGUCGCGUCUUCAACGACUACUACUACUGCUACUGACACACCUGUUACUACUGCUCCUCACUCCAAAGACGUCGUCGUUUUUCCCUCGGGGAAACACUCGGCUGUUUCUGACCUCUUCGCCGGCGCCGGCGUUGCCGGAGUAGGCAGGUUCAGGGCAAAGAGCAAGCAAAUCGCCGCCUUCUGUAACUGGAUCAACGAUAAGAAGCGUGAUUCUGGUAACCGAUUGGAUUGUCGCCGCCAUGCUUUGGCGGCAGCGGAGGAGGAGGAGGAUGAUGACGAUCACGAAAUGUUGGUUCCUCCCACGGCGGCGGCGGGGACGGUCAAAGAUUCCUGGAAGCAGCUACGCCGGGAGCUUGUUCUCCGGAACGACGACGUUCGACGGCACCGCCACAUUUUCCAGCGACAUUAACACCAUUAACAUCAAAGACGACUCCUCGUCCCCCAACGCAACAAGGAAGCACCACCACGACGAAGAAGAGGAGCAAGAUCGCAACAACAAUAACAUCGAUAACAGUUAUGCUAGAAAGUACAAAGAAAGCUACUACCUCCAAGUCACAUUAGCGAAGAGGCUCGCUUGCUUAGCAAGCCUCAGCACGGAACCCUUUCUCAUCACCGCAACCGAGACUUGGGAUGCUGAAUCCGUUUCUUAUCGCUUAUGGGUGAAUGGGUGCUUGUCGUACACGGAUAAGAUAUCGGAUGGUUUUUACAACAUACUGGGUAUGAAUCCAUACCUGUGGGUGAUGUGCAACGAGAACGAAGAAGGGAAGAAGCUGCCUACGCUGAUGGCGCUGAAAGCAGUUGAGCCGAGCGAAUCGUCGAUGGAGGUUGUCGUUAUUGAUAGGCACGAGGACUGUCGGCUUAAGCAGCUUAUGGAUAAAGCGGAGGAGCUGUAUUGUGAAUCGGAGAACUCGUUGGCGCUGGUUGAGCAACUUGGGAAGCUAGUUGCCAUAUGCAUGGGGGGCACCUUUCCGGUUGAGCAAGGGGAUCUGCACAACCGGUGGAAGAUGGUAAGCAAGAGGUUGAUAAGUUUUUACCAAUGCGUUGUGCUUCCCAUUGGAAGCUUGUCUGCUGGUCUGUGUAGGCAUCGCGCCAUUCUCUUUAAGAGAUUGGCAGAUUAUGUAGGUUUGCCAUGUCGCAUUGCUAAAGGUUGCAGGUACUGUGCUUCAGAUCAUAGAUCCUCUUGUCUUGUCAAGAUUAAAGACGACAGGCAGCACUUAAGGGAAUAUGUUGUGGACCUAGUCGGAGAACCAGGAACCAUCCACGGGCCAGAUUCCUCGAUCAAUGGAGCAUAUUUGUCUUCCGUUCCUUCUCCAUUUCGGAUUUCUCAUUUAAAGGAAUGCCAGUCGCCAUAUCUGGCUGGUGAAGCAUGUAACCGUUCAGUAAAUUCAAAUCUUACAGGUUGUGUACAGGAAGGUCCUGAAGGAAAAGAUACUAAUUUGCUGAAAAAUUAUAAGAACUCCAGUUUUGCCUCAGUUGAUCAAAAUUCUGGAGGUGUUUCUGAAGCUGUUCGUCCAGCCUCUGUAACAUACGAUGAAUAUCCUGGAAUUGCUAAAGAUGAGGUUGUGGCACAAGACAUUUCCAACAAUGAGAUCAUUACGAAGAAAAAUUCUGAAGCAAAAACCAUUUCUAACCAAUCUAUACAGAGCACAACCAACCAGUCAGCACAAGAGAAGAUAGGCAAUAAACAUGAAAACCACGGUUCUGGAAAUAUUCCAAGAUACGUGAAUCUUGAACCAUCGCUUGCAAUGGACUGGCUAGAGAUAGCAUGGGAAGAUUUACGUAUCAAAGAGCGUAUUGGUGCUGGAUCAUUUGGGACAGUGUACCGAGCUGAAUGGCAUGGAUCGGAUGUUGCUGUCAAGGUUUUAACAGUUCAGGAUUUCCAUGAUGAUCAGUUGAAGGAGUUUUUAAGAGAGGUUGCAAUAAUGAAACGUGUUCGGCAUCCAAAUGUGGUGCUCUUCAUGGGUGCGGUUACAAAACGUCCCCAUCUAUCUAUUGUCACAGAGUAUUUGCCUCGGGGGAGUCUAUACCGCCUGAUACAUAGGCCAGCAUCUGGUGAAAUUCUUGAUCCGAGGAGACGACUACGGAUGGCUUUAGAUGUGGCUAAAGGGAUAAAUUAUCUCCAUUGUCUAAAGCCUCCAAUAGUGCACUGGGAUCUGAAAUCUCCAAACCUGUUGGUGGACAGAAAUUGGACAGUAAAGGUGUGUGAUUUUGGAUUAUCCAGAUUUAAGGCGAACACUUUCAUAUCAUCAAAAUCUGUUGCUGGAACACCUGAAUGGAUGGCCCCAGAAUUUCUUCGCGGAGAACCUUCGAAUGAGAAGUCUGAUGUCUACAGUUUCGGCGUCAUCAUGUGGGAACUCAUAACCCUGCAACAACCAUGGAGUGGACUUGGCCCUGCCCAGGUCGUUGGAGCUGUGGCUUUCCAGAAUAGAAGGCUAGCUAUCCCUCCAAACAUCUCCCCAGUAUUGGCAUCUGUUGUGGAAUCAUGUUGGGCCGAUAACCCUGCUGAUCGCCCAUCUCUUCCUAGCAUAGUUGAGUCGCUGAAGAAGCUGCUAAAGUCGCCAGUGGAUUCCAUAAAAAUGGGUGAUGAGACAUAAGAGGAGCAUGCAUGCCUGCUGCCCAUGAUUAGUUGUUAAUUUUUUUUUUUGUUGUUGCUAACUGGCGGCUACGGAGAAAUUAUUGUCAAUUUAACCUGAGAACCUUGACUGGUUUUUCAAUUGUGGGAGAACCACCCUCUCAACCGAUUGCAACUAUGUAAUGGUUGCUUAAUGCUUUUUACUAACCCGUUUCAGAAGGACAAUAAAAAAUGCCAUCAAGUGGAAUGGAGUAAAAUUAAAGUGGUGAUAUUGUAGAUUUCCUUCCUGUAUCUUGAAUCUUGGGCUACUGAAUUGUAUGAAUGGAACUCAUGACCUCGAGCUCUUUUAUCUCUGGCUCGAGAUCAAUAAUAUAUAUUCAAAUAUCUAGAGCUUACUAUAUUAA